CUAUUAUAUCGCUAUCGAUACCAAAUGCAACAUACUCAAUACUUCUUUAUGUGCGGUAUUUCCAAGUUUAUGUGAUUGUAAAAUAAUAUUUAAUUUAACAUUGCGCGCGGUGUUUAGCAAUUUAUAACUCAUUUGCAUGAAGAGCGCCAUAUUUUGCUGCAUCGUUGCUAUGGUGCGCAAAUGUAUACAACAAUCCGACAGUGACAAACAUAUAUUUAAAGAGUAAAUGCAAUCGCUAUAGAGCGAAAAAAAUAGAAAAAGAAAAAUACGUAAAUAUAUGCAGAGAAAAUAGUUUUGUAAAAAUGGAUGAUAUAGAAAUAGAAUAUCUUGACGAGUAUAAAGACUUAGUUGUGCCAGGCAUCAAAACAACCAGCGAUGGGCACAUGCAGCAAACGUUGAUGCGAAUGCCGCUCAACAGACGAACUUCGUCUGACUCGAGUGGUUCCUCGUCGAUAGAUCCAGAUAUAUUUCAGAAACUUUUUGACGGCAAAUUUCUUGACGAUGAGUUGCUAACUGAAACAGCGAAAGGUAGUGCUCGCCGUCGAGUAAGCUCAUCAUCGAGUGAAUCUAACGAUGCUCUGGACGCUUUGUACAAUCGACAAAGCAGUAAACUCAAGGGCACAAGACGUGAUCGCCUAGAAUCAUAUGAUUCAAUUGAUGAUUUGGGUGAUGCAUUAAUGGGUGCAACCCGCAACUCGCUGUCAAAGCCCACGUCCUUUCAGGCAGCAGCACGAAAGUCACUAAGUCACAACGGCAUGGACAGGUCUAAAAGUGCAAAAUCUGCGGCAAAGUGCAAUAACCCGGAAAGCUUUAAGCCCGGGACGAGACCUAGCGGCAGAAGCAGUAGCAGUAGCUCAUCGAACCCUCCCAUUCUGCACAAGAAAGCAGUAACCAUUAUAAAAGCUAAGAAACCGGACUUGAAUCCACCUAAGCAUGAACCCAAAGAGGAUCCACUGCAUUUGCAGGACUUCUCAGAUAACACAGACACUGAUUCAUCUUAUGAAUACGAGUCCGAUUUUUAUGGCUAUGGCGAUUCAGAUGAUGUCGAUGCGUCGAAGCAUAUUAUUGAUAUAUCAACAGAUAGCAGCACUGUAUCUUCAUUUGCGGACACUGUGACACCUGUUGUUUCCGAAGACGAAAGCCUGAAGCAGCAGCAGCAGCAGCAGCAAACGCCACAUGGUCAUAAUGAUCGUCUACAGUUGUAUUUAAAUAAUCUAAGUAGUGCCGAAACGCCUCCAUCUAAACAAAAAUACACAGGCCCAGCUAAAAAAUCACGCACCCAGAAAAAAAAACAGUCUAAUGCAUUAGCUGAAAAAGUUCAAGACCAGGAUCAAAUUGAUCAGGUGAAUGCAAAGGCCGAGAAGAAGUUUGACAGUCCCUCAAACAGUAAAACUGCAUCGAAUUACUGUAAUGAGAUCGACAAAGAAUCUCCUGCUGAUUACGUCGACGUUAAUUUAACCUAUGAAACCUUAGAGCUUUUAAGCCUCAAUCUUGCCGAGGAAAUCAUUAACAUUGACGCUGAGCGCUCCAAGGAGUUCGAAAGCCGUUCCGCUUCCAAGACGCGAAGCUUAUCUUCUACAAAGAAAGUGGAUCACCCAACAGUUAGCUCAUCGUUUUCCAAAAGCCAUGUACGCAAACUCACAUAUUCUAACGAAAAGUUAGAUGAGAUAGCUACGCCGCUAAACUCUCUUCGUCGAGCGAAAAGUGAUGGCGCCUUUCCGAAAUGUGGUAGUAGUCGAUACUCAAAGAACAGAGCCGCCACCACAGAGUCACAGAUCACGAGUAGGCCACCAUCGCCAGCGAAAAAGAUUGUAGAAACAGCAAUAGAGCAAGAGCCAAAAAUGGAGAUUGAAGUUAAAAAAGAGCCAGAACAAAUAAAACGCAAACGUGGUCGACCGAGAAAGAAGAAAAACAAAAAUAAUUUGAAUAAUUUCCUCUCGGAGCAGGCUAAUCCACAUCCGUCAAAAAAUCAAAACGCUACUGUCAAAGUAGAGGAAAAGAUGAAAAUAACAACUAACGAUUCAAAUAAGCAAGAAGAAGCGUCGCUAAGCGCUCCGUCUGAUACGAUUUCGGAAUUAAAGUCUUCGAACGAAGCUCCGGAUGAGUCGCAACAGGAAUUGAAAAUGAAUGAUCAAGAAACAACAAAAGCUACCGAUAUAGCCCAACCACAGCUCAGAGAUACAAAUGUCAAUAUAAUUUCUACCUCAACGGAAGACAGUAAGCUAGAAGUUAAGGCUGCUCAGAGGGCAGCAGAUAAUGAAACAGAUAACUUAAAAUUGAGUGCUGGGAAGAGUAUGGAUAUUGACGGUGUUGAGCUGUUGAAUAAUGCACAAGGAUGUGAAAAUGGAGAAUGCAUUAAACAGGAAAUGCCAAACACAAAUACAAACAAAAUAGAACCAGAAAAAGAAGAAAAGGAUAUAACAAACCAAGACUCUCGCGAUGAACUGGAGAAAAUGGAUGUGACUAAUACUUUAGCAACGGAUAUUAGCCAACCUGUUGAAGCUGAAGGUAUACAAACUAUAGAGCAAGAGACUGAUAGACGAGAUGAAGAUCUAUUGAAUGAAAAAAUGGAAAAGAUUGAAAAAUAUUUAUCUGAAGUAAUGAGUCCUCAAGAAGAUAUUAAAGAAGUUAAUAAGGAAGUGACUGCAGAUGUGACUGAUAACCAACAAGCGGCUAAUCCAAACGUGGAAAUGGCAAAGAAGAAAUAUCGCUCAUUAGCCACUAUCGUUUCUUCUCCAGAGAUCACUUCGGCUACAAAAACGACAAAAAGCGAAAGUCGCAAUGCCAAGCGUCUGCUUAGGGGUGACAUUGAUUCAGUCGGAAUCGCUGAAACUCAGCGGCGCAAUAGUCCACGGCUGACAGAAAAGUCACCGGUUACAAAAGCACCGAAGGUUAAAAGAGAAAAAACUAAAGUCCCUUCGGCCCCCAAAACACCCAGAAAAUCGAAAGCAAGUAAUGUAGAAUCAAGUUCCCACGUAGAGUCAGUAAAGGAGCGACCGCUACGCAGCUCCAAAUCAACAACGGCUACUACUGAUGAAAACAAGAAAUCAGAAAAACCGAAUAAGUCUGCGAAAAUUAUACAAAACUCCGAUGACAAGGAUAGUGCCACAACGCAUAGGAAAUCGCGUAGCACAAAGCCUAAGUCAAAAGCCGAGCAGAUUGAUAAAUCUAAUUUAGCUACGAUAACAGAAUCCGGCCAAUCUGCAUCAUUCGCACCUAAGCGCGAUGCCAAUGAAACAAAUACAAGUGAUGUUAAACUGAAUUCAGGCAAAGAUAUUGAUAUUCCCACAUCUUCGGAUACUCAUAAAAAAGUAGAUGCUAAGAAUAUAGAACCCCUAAGGGAGAUAACAUUAACUAAGGAAAUGUCAGAUCUCGAACUGCUUAAAACAUUGGACCUUAAUGAGAACUCAAGUUGCAGCGAGCAGCAACCAACUGUUUCAGAUACUCCACCUAUUAAAGCCGCCGACACUACUGAAGAUCAAAAGCAUUUACAUGAAGUUCUUGAUUUGCAGAUUGAAGGCGGCAAUAAGGAAGAAAACACAAGCGAGCAGUCGGCCCUAGUUAAACAGCGCGCUGGAAUGCCUCGAGAAAUUAGAGGUCUAUUGCAGGAAACAGGAACUGAAUGGGAGCUCGAGACAGCAGGAAAUCGUGGCCGUGCCACUCGAUCAAGAGUGAGUACGCCAAUUCCUGGAAAGUCGAAAAAAAGUAGGCUAAAGGAAAUUAAAUCCACCGAUACUCCAACUUACGAACAAAUCAAUGAUAAACCAGAAGCGAAACCCGAUCAGUCUCCUUCCUGCAGUGAAUUGUCUAUAAAAGAUCAAGAGAAUGAAUCACUCAACAUAAAUAAAAACCAAACGAAUGAAAAUAUUGAAGAGGCUGCAGCGCUUAAAGCAGACAGUGCCGAUCAGUCGGACCAUCAGACUAUGUGCUGUGAUAUACGACAUUCAGAUGAGAAAGGCAAUCAGCCCGAGCUUGUAGAAACGGAGCCGGAUCCGAGUAUUUCAGUUACACCAAAACUUGUGGGUUCACAUAAUUCCUCCAUGUCAUAUCAGGACACACCCACCACUUGCUCUUCGAACAGUUCAUGCCGUAAGCUUCGCAUUCUAAUUAAGAAACCAGUGCCACGCUCUAAAAUCAAUUUUGGCCAACUUGAAAACGUUGAGGAAGAAGAUGAAGAGUUCGAAGAUUCUACAUAUCAAUCUGAUCAAUCAGUUUGCAACGAUGUAGAAGAGAAAGCAACUGAGAGCGAGCCAAUGGCUGAGAGCGAGCUGAUAAAACCAUCCACUGAAGUAUAUCAACAAAAUCUCGCUGAUAAAACAGUAAAUCCCACACAGAUUACAGUAGAUCAACAAAUUGAUCAAGCUGCAGCUGAUACCAAAGUUAGUGAAGAACAACCAGAUGUAAAGGAUACUAAGGAUAAGCUAACAGAGCAGGAAACAGUUGACACGGAACAACAGCACAAUGAGAAGAAUGCCACCAUCAAGGAAGGGAAAGAAGCAACUGGGGAGGGGCAACAGGAUAUUAUAACGUCUAAUGAAUUACAGCAACCUGAAGAAGAGGCAUCUCAGCAGGCAACUUCUGACAAACAGGAGCAACAGCAACCGGAUCAGAUAGCUGCUGAACGGACGCAACAACCUACAGAUGAGCAGCAGCUGGUUAAAGAUAAUAUUGAUAAUUUAUGUACGACGGAAACAACAGGUGUCGACAAGGAGGAGUGUAUCGAUGCUGGGAGCUCCAAUCAAACGGAUGCUUCUGAGCCAGAUGUAGCCGCAAAACGCAAGCAAAUGUUGCAAAUGAAGCAAGCUGCCCGCGGCACUGCUAUGGCACCACCAGCGACACCUAAAAAGGAUCUAUCCCCUGCCAAAGCGGCGCGACGUCUAGGGAAGCCCAUAAAGUUGAGUGAACAACCCAAACAAAAGCGUCGAAAACUAGCCGAGUCAAAGACACAGCAUGGUGGACAUGAGGACAAGAGAAGUCUUCAAUUGGAAACCAAGGAGCUCUCUUCGACAAACAAGGCUGCUGAAGAGCCAGGAGGCAAGGCUAAAAAACAAAUAUCUGUCGUCAAGAAAUCUGUGCCUCAAGAAUCAGCAUUAUUAGUCGACAAGUUCGGACAAACAUUAACAUCCACAAAGCUCAGCAAGAAGCAUGAAGCAAACAAGACACCGCCAAUUAAAUCUAGCUUAUCAAAGUUACUUAGUGGUGACGACUCCAUGACCGUGGAUAACACAGUUAUAAUAACCAAAACUGAAAUACCAAGUACAACACAACCGUUCAAAAAGGUGGACACGCCAGCAUCUCCUGCUGGCGGUAUUAACAUCUCCGUCUCAUUGAUGCCUGAUGUUAACAACCAAAUGACUUUAACACCCAAAAAGCUAUUGACCCAGACGGAGACAGCCAAGAAGCUGAUAUCUCUGAGUGCUGCAACACAGAAGUUGGAAGUAUCUCCAAUCGCAAUACAGCCUUCAGCUUCAACUACUAUCGAAAAGUCGCAUACACCAGUUGCUGAGACUACCAAAAAGCUGAAAGUCCGUAAAUCAGACGCUGAUAAGCGAGCUCGAGUAGCAGGAAAAAUCCCGUCUGCCGACACCAAGAAGAAACCAACGGCGACAGAGGAAACAAAUCAAAACCUGGAAGCCAAAGAGCCAGCAAAACCAGCUGCGGUGGUUAACCCUAUAGUUAGCAGAAAAUCCUCACCACACACUCAUGAGAAAAAGUUGAGUGCACACAACAGGGAACUAUCUGCAGCUCCAGCCAAAACUAGCAAUGACAACGCUGAUAGCAACGACGCCAGCGAGGCAAUGGCUACAGCGAAGGGUAUGCACAAGAAGGAUUUACGUAAGGUUACUGGUCACAAAUCGUUCAGAAAAUCAAAAUCCAAGGAAGUGCCAGAAGUGUCGGUGGCAGAAGCCACAGCAGCAGCUGCAGGAGAGUCUAGGCCAUUAGCAACAAAUACCCCGUCAGAAUCCCGGGAUUCAUCCAACGAGCGUAAAAAACGCUCUGCUCGCAUGACAAAGAUAUCGCAAUCAAAAGCUGCGACACCGGUAACACGUGCCUGCAGUCAUGCACGUUCUUUGGCCGACACGCCUUCGCCCAUGACCUUGCCCACAAAACAUCGGAAUCCGUCCCACGAGCGACAGCCAGCAACAUUGCCCGAUCUUAUUGGGCAAAUGGCACCAAAGCCGCAGCGUCAAUCCCGGAAGAGUUCUAAACUGGCCAAAACUGAGGCGCACACCCCGCCUCAGAGUCAAGGUCCAGCUUCAGUCGCCGAGUCGGCGAAAGUUUCACAUUCUCGUAAGCGCAAGCUGCCAGAUAAGCCAGUGGCAGAUGGGGUAAAACGUUCAAAGGAGCAGCCGGCUACACCGCAGGCAGCAAUUGCUUUUCCAGUGCGAAUUACAGCGGCUUCUAUUGGCACAAUCCCUGCUAGUGAGAAACCAAUCGCUGACCCAAUGGCGACUAUUGAGAUACCAAAAGCACCACCUCCAAUAGUAGCGCCACAACAAGUGCAAAAGCCCAAGGAUUUGAAACUUCCGGCACAGCCAUUGCCGCCUAAGAUGCGCAAGUUACGAGUGCGGCUUAAUCGGAGUGUGAUAACAAAUUGGCUAAAGGGUCUGCAGCAACCGGGGCCAUCCAAUCAGCGGUUGGAGUCGUCAACAGCCCCAGCCCCCAGUGCCAAGACUGCAGCAAACGCACCUCCAAAGCAAGCAGAUGCUACAAGCAAAUUGCAGCUCGUUGCACGAAAGCAGCUGUCGAAGAUACCCAUUGCUAACUCCGUACCACUCCCAGUACCUUUGCCAGUGCUCGAAAUAAAGGCGGAGCAGCCAGAAGUAGAGGAUGAACCACAAUCCAAUGCAUCUGCAGCGCAAACAAUGCAUAUGGAAGUUGAUGUUCCAGCGCCAUCCAUAACACAAGCUGCGGCAAGUAUUUCGAGUAGCCACAGCAGCAGAGUGGAGCCAACGGCGACAACGCAGGCGGAACCUAAUAUAGCUAACAAUUCGAACAACGCUGUCAGCAGUAGCAGCAGCACCACAGCCACUACCGCUAGCACCACCAACAGCAAUAGCACAAUACCGGCAGCGCGCACCGCCAGCGAUCAGAAUACAUUUGGAACAACGAAAAUGUUUUCGUUUUUGUAUCCAUCGCGAUAUCAAUACUCCUAUGGCCAUGUUGGACUCGAUUUUUGCUGCCCAAAUCUGGACGGGCCGAUGCAGGCCAUUGAUCCGACCCGGCUACAUUCAAAAGUGGAAGUGCCAGUGCUGGAGCUGCCACAGUACAUGGUCAUCUCGACAAAGAUUAUUUCGAAGCAGGACAAAAACAUACCGCAAAAGGUGCGCGCCAAACUCGAACAAUUAGCAGCUGCAAACGAUGCUGAACCCCGUGCCAUACAAACAAUGUUGCCACCGACGACGACAGCUACAAUAGCAACGCCCUCCGUGACCACUAGUGCACCGGCAACCGUGAGCAAUGUUAAUUCGAUUGCCAGGCAGCAACCUCCUCGUAGUACAACUUUGGCCAAAAAACCGCAGCCAACUAGUGCCGCUGCUCCAGUUGCUGCUGCGCCAUCGCCGACUGUAGCCAGCUCAACAGCAACUGCGAGCACUCCUGGCUUUCUGCAGCUGCCACCGAUUUGCCCCACUGAGAAGAGGCGCGUGGAGCUGCAGACACGUGUUCAGAUCUUUGAUCACAUACUGCAGAACUUAGCACGGCGAGCCAGUUUAAUGAGCGUUGAGGAGCGCCAACAAGUCAUAAAGAACAUAGUUAGGACGAGCAGCCUGCUACCGAUUGAUGUGGACAUGGCCACCCAGGUGUUGGAGAACUAUUCAUAUUAUUUGUACGCAAUCAACAAUACCAGACUUGUCGAGCAGCCAAAGCUGCGCUCCAUUGGCACAUCAACUACGUCAACCACGCCCACAUUCACCACCGCCGUCUCCACAGCAACAGCAAGCAACACUAGCUCAGCGACUGCUACUGCGCUACCAAUGGCAGCAGAGGGCAGCAAGCCCAUUUAUGAUAAAGGCAAGAAUAUUAUUGGCUAUCAGUACAAAACACCAAAUUUGUCCUUGAACUCAGCGGUAGUUCGUACUCCCUUAGCGAUCAGCGCAAUACGUGGCACAAGCCCCAAAGGCGGGCAACCGCCAGCAGCAGCUGGAUUAGGACCAACAGCGACACAUCUUAGCCAACAGCAACGUAUGCGCCUUCUUAUGACUGCAAAUGCCGCCAGCGGCAAGGUGAGUGGGGCGUCACCCGCUGCGGAAGCUACGCGUGUUGCAAAGAGAGUAGGGUCUGGUACCAUGAUUCCCUUUAAUCCAUCGCCAGCACAAAAGACCUAUGGAGGCCGGUCCACGAGUGUAACGUCUGCUAUGAAAGCAGCCACAGCUGCUGCAACCAACAAAGUUACACCUGUUGGCGUCGUCAGUGGGAUGCCUCAAUUUGGGGCGAGCGGAAAGGCUUCGAUAGCGUCUGCCAGCUCACAGGAUAACUCGAAUCGAAGUAAUCUGUUUAUUGUCAAUCAGUUGCUGUCGCAGCAAGAGGAGUGUAUACUACCAGAUGCCAUUGGUACAGUGGAUGCUGCUGCUGACAUUAAAGGCGAGCUUGAAGAUGCAGAAAUAUUAACUUAAUUCUUAGAUCUAAUUAUAAUUACACUUAAACUCUGAAAGUAUUUUAAGCUACUUUACCAAAACUAAGAACAACACGCCCAUAUAAACCACAGAUUAACAUAUGUAAAACAUUAAUUGCGGGUUAUCAAAAAGUUUGUUGAAUUUCCACCCCUUUACUAUACAAGUUUUU